CCUUUUUAUUUGUCGCAUUAACGGUUAAAGUUGACAUGUUCUAAAUUAUAUUGUAUAAAUACAUGUAAAUGUUAUUAACGUGUCUUUCUCACGAUAUCUGUUUGUAAAUUGCUAAAUAUUGAUUUGACAAUGAGUGAAUGACUAGAUGAAUAAAAGAAGCAUUGAAUAUACGUAACUUAAGAAGCCUUCAUUCGUACUGAGAUCAAUUUAUUGAUUACACUUGAACACAGUCGAGAAAAGGUGAUCGGAUUUUAAUUUAAAUAUAACAUUACAGAUAUUCAUUAUAACUGGUUUUUAACAUAAUUUUGCUAUUAAAAGUAGAGUUUUCGCCGUUUAUAAUGGAUUAUUGCAUGCGUCAUUCGCUUUAAAGGCAACAGGCUACCAUAUUUCUUUCUUACAAAAAUUUAAGAAGUAUAUUUAAAAAAUUAAUCAAUAUUUUUUUUGCAGAAUACUGUAUAUAUAGCUUUAUACACUUAAAAUUAACAAAAACUAAUACGAAGGAACACGCUAUAAAUAUUCAAUGUUAUGAUACUGCAAGCUACCAAUAUGUGAUAACUUAAAAACGUAACUUUUUUCAUUCUCCUGUGUCGCGUUUGGAUUUGUUGAAGAAAGUCUACGUAUUUUCCAAAUAUCACUCGUAUUAUAUUUCAAUUUGAUACUUGUGAGCACCAAUAAUAAAAGUCAGUUUGACAUAUGAAUUGCAGUGCAUAAUAAUAAUAAUGAUUCUAAAUAUUUCUAAAACUCUGUCCGUCGUCACCUGAAUGUCUUCUCACAGUUUAACAGGAGUGAAGAUAAGGACUUGGUAACAUAAUACGUCGUUCAAACAUGUAAACAAACUAAACAGUGCUUUAAGAAUAACAAGGAAUAUAUGAACAAUUAUAUUGUCAGACAUGGAUGAAAAUUCACAACAAUCUUCUUCAAGCUGUGAUAGUAGCAUUACAAACAAGGAGAAAUGUUCUGAAUUGGAUUUUAGUGAACGAACAUGGAAAGAAGAUUUCACUCUAAUUGUCGAAGGCGAAAAGUUAUACGUGUCAAAGGCUAUUUUGGCAUUUGCUUCUCCAGUAUUUGAUAGAAUGUUUCAGUCAGAGUUUAGAGAAAAAGAUCAAGCAGAAUUGAAUCUUCCUGGAAAAAAGGUGCGAGAGAUGCGAGAUUUCCUUAGGUUUAUUUAUCCCUGUAUGGACGAAUGUAUAUCUGAUGAGAACGUGUACAAAUUGUUACCUCUGGCCGAGGAAUAUCAGGUGACUUCUUUGAAAGCCAAAUGCAAGAGAUUCCUUAUAAGUAGACUUAACAAAGAACUUAAAGCAGAAGACACGAAGAUGAUGUUGCAGACAGCUUUGAUUUAUAACAUGGAAGAUUUAUUAGUCAAAUUGUGUGAAGAGUUGCCGGAACAUUCUGCCAGAGAUAUUAUUUCGGCAAAUAUUCUCCUACCUUCGAAAAUCGUUCCAAAGAUCCUGGAUAAAUUGUUGGGGCGUCUGGACCAAGUCAGAGAACAGAAGACUUUGUAUAAGGGUAUAUACAAUUACCUUAAAUCUGGUUAUACCCGCACAGAGCAACAAUACAUCGAGAUAAAUCAAGGUUGGAAAUGCAAAUCCAUACAUCUGAAAUUGAAUGUUGAUGAUUUAAUGAAACAUAUGAAGCCACAAACAAAGAAAUUGAAGUUUUUGGAAUCGGAAGAAAAUUGUACGGUUUCUGAUAAUGGCAAUAACACAUUGAAUCAAAUAUGUGACAUGCCACAAACAAAGAAAUUCAAGUCUAUGAAUUUUGAUGGGAAUUGUACCAUUUCUGUUUAUAGAAAUUAUGGUGAAAUAUAUGUUGACAUUUCUUUUGAUAAACACACAUUAGAAAAAUCAGAAGUAACAGUCCAUGGGCGAUUUGUUAUUAGAAAUGUCACCUAUGAAAAUGAAAACUACAAGUCAACAUUUGAGAUGAAAUUUAGACCCCACUAUCUCAAGCAAACGGCAAAGAUGGCAAAUACAUCCGAUCUGUUUACAAAAACAGCUGGAUAUAUGCACUACAAUUCUAUCGACGCAGAAGUACAUCUUUUAGCCAAAAUACAAGAGGUAUAAUAGCGUACAGUGUUAUGGUUUCCAUGAUUUUGAAUGAAUUCAGAUAACAUUACGUGUAUUAAGUAUUGCAUGGCAUAUCAUGGCAUGGCAUGGCAUGGCAUUGCAUUACAUUCAAUAACUUUUAAAAUAAUAGCUGUAAAAACUGUCUAUUAACUCGUUAUCAAUAGCUACGCACACCAUAGUAUACCAAUAUAGUAUUACCAUACUUAGUGAUAAACAAAGGAAAGUGAUAGAACAUUUUCAAAUAUUGUUGUGUCGAAAGUUAAUAACUGUUUAACUGUCAUGCACAUUUUCAGUUUGUGCACAUAAGGAUUCAAAUUUCAUAUAGUCAUACUUAUAGCUGAAUUUUAAAUAAAGAUAUGAUAAACAUAAAUAUAUAACCAAUUAUAUUCUGCAUGCAAGUCAAGUAAAUCCAUAAAUAAGGUACAUGUAUAUAUCUUUUUGACUUUACAUUUAUGAUGUGAUCAUAUAUUUGUUAUAUUUUGUGACAGUACACUGUAGUAUGGUGUGAAAUACAACGGUUGUAUGGUAUGAAAGUAGAGCUGUCGCAUGGUGUGACAGUACAACUGGUGUACGGUGUGACAGUAAAUCUGUUUGAUGGUGUGACAGUAAAUCUGUUGCAUGGCGUCACAGUACAGCUGUUUAUAAAUAGAUUGUUUACAUGUUCAAAUUUUGUACGAAAUGUGUCCAAGACCAUUGGGACCAAAAUUAAUAAUGUUUUAUAUCGAUGCAUCUCGGGGUUUAUAUCCAAAGAUGUUUCAACAGACCGAAUCUUCAUAAUUGUUUUUCUUUUUUUCAUAAAAACAUUGUUUAUUUGAAAAACACAUUUUAAAUAAAAUAAAACAUACCGUAAAACUUC